UCAAUGCCCAAACGCUGAAGGUGAACAAUCUAGAGAGAUUGACAAUGUACAGGACUUUAGCGAGAACUUUGUUGUAAAAAAAAAUGUGCAACAACAGUAUUGUGCAAGAAUUGUGUGACAACGACAAUGAGGAGGGGGAAUCGAGUGAUGGCGAUGAGGAGGAGGAGGAAUCAAACGACGACGAUGACGAGGAGGCGGAAUCAAACGACGAUGACGAGGAGGAGGAAUUGAGCGAGGAUGAGGAAUCAGAAGAUACAAACUCUGAGGACAAUGAAGUUAAGGACGCAUCCGAAGUUGAUGUCGACAUGUUUAAGAAGAGUUUGUCUGGAAAACUUUUAGGAGAAGCGAAGCAGAUAGUUGCACAGGAGCUGAGAAGAGGAUUGUACAGCAAAUCAAGCAAGAGCGAGAAACCUCCUUACAACUUGGAAAAGCACGACAGAAACGUACGUGUGUACAACAAGAAAGCUAACUACCACGUGAACAUGAAGAAUGUCGAAGUAGUUUUCAAGGAAAAUUGCUGCAUGGCUAUAUGUUACACGAAAUUCACGGUAGAAGAUGUUUUCUACAAGCGAGAAAAAUUUUGGGCGAUGAAACAACUAGAGCAAGUCAACUUUCUUCUCGCAGAGAUGAGGGUUGCGUCGUAUUUAUUGGAUGAUGGAGAUUUAAAGGUGUUAAGAGUGACAUUCAACGGCAUAAAGGUUUGCACAAAAGCGUGAGAAAAGUUGUACGGAUGCUCGACUACACGUGUUGCAAGGCUACACAAAGACUUCAGAGACGGACUAGUGUU